CACAAAGCUUAAAUAACUUCCGUAUGUUCCCGCCAAACCAUAGGAAGAUGGUAAAAUGAUCGUUGGAAAAAACCUCUUCAAACCAGUAGCUUCCUUCACCUUCUUCUCUCUCCAAAAACGCUUCAAAUCCCAUAUACAUCCUUCCAUAUCCCCGCUAAAACUCUGGUCCGAUCUCAAUUUUGAGUCUUCCCCCAAUUUCAAUUUUGAUGUAAGAGAGAAGAACGCAUUAAACCUAAACCACCCAAUUCUCCAGAAAGUAGACGCAUGUUCUAAUCUUGCACAAUUCCGUCAAGUUCAAGCUCAGCUCAUCAUCUUAGGCCUGUUUGAUCACUCCCUCGCCGCGAGCCGCGCUAUCAAGAAGCUUUGUUCUCUUCCUCAUGCGUUACACCAAGCUGUUUCGUUUCUCGGAAAGCUCGAAGAAGCUGAUGCUUUUAUGUGUAAUACCAUUAUUAGAGGUUUUCUGAAUCAGGGUGACCCAGAAAGUGGUCUUGCGUUUUAUUAUGAUUAUAUGAUUGGUGGGUGUAUUGUGUCUAACCAUUACACUUAUCCCCUGAUAAUUAGGGUUUGUGUUGAUCUUGGGUUGAUUCUAGAGGGGGAAAAGGCGCAUUGCCGUGUUUUGAAACGUGGGUUUGGAUUGGAUUUGUAUGUUAGGAACUUAUUGAUUCGUAUGUACUCAAUUUUCCAAAGAAUAGGGGAUGCAGAGAAGGUGUUUGAUGAAAGUUCUGAGUGUGAUUUGGUGACUUGGAAUACGAUGGUUGAUGGGUAUAUAAAGAAUGGGCAGGUAGGUCUUGCACGCAAUCUGUUUGAUGAAAUGCCUGAAAGAGAUAUCUUUACUUGGAACUCAAUGCUUGCAGGGUAUGUUGGGGUUGGGAAUAUGGAGGCUGCAGUGGAGAUUUUUGGGGUAAUGCCUCAGAGAGAUAUUGUUUCUUGGAAUUGCUUGAUUGAUGGUUGUGCUAGAAAGGGGGAUAUCUUGGCUGCUCGUGACUGUUUUAAGCGUAUGCCUAACCGUAAUGUGGUUUCCUGGAAUACCAUGUUAGCCCUUUAUGUAAGGAUUAAGGAGUAUGAUGAGUGUUUAUCAUUGUUUGAUAGAAUGAUACAAGGAGAUAAUCAACCUAAUAAGGCUACUCUUGUAAGUGUUCUAACAGCAUGUGGCUAUUUAUGUAAGCUAGAUCUUGGUAAAUGGGUUCAUCAUUAUAUAGAAAACAAUAGGAGGAUUAAACCUGAUGUUUUGCUUUCUACAGCUCUUUUGACAAUGUAUGCAAAGUGUGGAGACAUGGAUAAGGCUAAAAAUGUCUUUGAUAAAAUGCUCGAGAAGAGUGUUGUGUCAUGGAACUCUAUGAUCAUGGGGUAUGGUUCACAUGGUCUUGUAGACAAAGCCCUUGAAAUGUUUCAGGAACUGGAGAAAAGUGGACAAAUACCUAAUGAUGCAACUUUUGUAUGUGUUUUAGCAGCAUGUUCCCAUUCAGGUAAGGUUUUGGAUGGUUGGUGGUAUUUUGAUACCAUGCGUAGAGUUUACAAGAUUGAACCAAAGGUUGAGCACUAUGGUUGUAUGGUUGAUCUUCUUGGAAGGGCUGGUUUGCUGAAAGAUACAAAAGAGCUAGUAAAGGAUAUAAGUAUAAAAGGAGGAUCUGCUUUAUGGGGAGCCCUACUUUCAGCUUGUCAUACGCAUUCAAAUAUGCAGCUUGGGGAGUUUGUUGGAAAGUCGCUAAUUGAGAAGGAACCUGAAGAUAUUGGGGCUUAUUUGUUAUUGUCAAACAUAUAUGCUUCACAAGGGCGAUGGGAGGAUGUUGACAAAGUGAGGGAACUUAUGAAGGAGAAAGGUCUCUACAAAGAAGCAGGGUAUAGCAAGGCCUGCUUUGGUGUGGGUGAACCAGACUACUCUCGAAAAGAUGGCUCCCUUCAUAGAAGAAUUAUGAUUGAGUCAAUGUCAAGACAAAUGAGUUCUCAAGUGAAACUGUCAGGGAUUAGCACGGCAAUGUAACUCGUAACACUAGUGUUGGAAUCAAGGAGUGCAGAGGCCGUGAUGGCAUAGAGCCGAUAGAGGCAUUGAAGAGAAGUCCUAAAUUUGAGAAGAAGUAGUCGGUUGGGACAGCCAGACAGGUACUUUUGUGCUAAAGCAAAUUUAAAGAAUAUUGGUUGAAGCCUUGUUAUUUUGGUUCUUUGUGCUAACCGUUUCUCCUCACAAUAUUGGUUACUAAGAACUUGUUUCUUCAAAGUAUUACUUUGUAGUAGUUAUGGUGAGAGCCCUCAAAAUGUGUAAAAGAAACGAUUUUGCUGUUUUCUUCAUUCUUUUAUCCAUUA